AUGAGACGCUGCGCGCUGCUGCUGCUGCUGGCCCUGGCCAGCCUCGGCGCCGCCAACAAGAGGGUCAGGAGGCAGAACAACCUGUACUCCGUCAGCGACUUCCUGGGGCAACUCGGCCAGCUUGCGGUGCAGUCGCAGGGCGGUGGCGGCGGCGGCACGCCGGGCAACUACCUCGCCGGCCUGCUGCAGGGCUACCAACAGUCCAGCCAGGCCGGCUACCGGCCGCAGUACCAGCAGGGGUACCGCCCGCCCCGCCCCGUCCCGCCAGAGUACCUCCAGGACUUGCAGUACCAGCAGCAGUACCAGCAGGGGCAAAGCUCCCUGGGCUACGACACUGUUAACGGAGGCGGCUACCCGUACCCGCAGCGGCCCGGCGGCCAGCCCGGCGUGUCGCUGGCCAACGCCCUGCAGUCCGUGGCGCGCUACGACGACGCCCAGUGCGUGCCCAGGCUGCUGUGCGAGCUGACGGCGGGCGGCAGGCCGGGCGGGGCCAAGCAGAACGAGGCCCUGCCCUUCGUCAACCGGGACACGCUGCUGUCGCUGCUGACGGUGCUCAACUUCGGCACCGGGUCCCCGCUGCUGGUGUUCGGCCGCGCCGCGCUGCUGGGCUACAUGGCGCAGGGCGACCCCAACUCGUGCUACACCGCGUACCCCGCCUGCCCCCGCGACGCCGACCGCCUCGUCGACUACCUCAACAACCACAACGGCGGCUUUUUCCGAUUCUUCACCGGAGUCGGCAACCCGCAGUACCUGCAGCAGCAGGGCUACCCCCAGUACCCGGUACAGGGCUACCCGGGACAGGGAUACCCGGGACAGGGCUACCCCGGGCAGGGCUACCCAUCUGGCCAGGGCUACCAGGGCUACCCAUCCAGCCAGGGCUACCAGGGCUACCCGGGUGGUGGCGGCUACGCCCCGCAGUACCGCGACUUCGAGUCCCACUCGUCGAAGCCGUUCGCGUUCCCGGACGCCAAGAAGAGGUCCCUGCCGAUGGCGGAGAGCCGCAUCCUGACCAAGGUCCACCCCGAGGACGCCGCCGCCAGCCCCGGCCCGUUCCUGCCCACGCCGCGGCCCCCCAGCGGCUACCGCGACGGCCGCCAGGACCACCGCUUCAGCGCGCCAAGCAGCACCCCCACCAGUGGCGUCACCGUCGUCAUCAACGGCCAGCACGUGCCCAUCGACCCCAGCACGCUGAACCUGGCCGCCGGCCAGUACACCUUCAGCAACCCCUACCAGCAGACCGGCAGCAAGGUGUACUCCUACGGCGACGCCGCCCAGGAGACCUACCGGCCCUACAUCCCCAACAUCCGCCUCGAGAAGCCCGUCGUCCCCGUGGAGAUCUUCCCCACCAGGACGGGCACCGGGGACCUCCGCCUCGACCUCGACGAGCACCUCAAGCUGGCCGCGCAGGGCAGGCCGCAGGCCAAGCCCUUCAGGUUCGCCAGCGGCGACGAGGGGAGGUACCAGGACUACCAGCAGGCCUCCCAGCAGAACUACCAACAGAACUACCAACAGAACUACCAACAGAACUACCACAGGACUACCAGCAGAGCUACCAGAGCAACAGGCAUUAAAGUAGGGAUGCAGCGUGAAAAUAUAAUAUUAAAGACUUGUUGCGGCGACGAGUGUUGGGUGCAGUUAGUCUUCUAUGAAGCACCCUCUCCUUAA